AUGUGGUUCUAUUACCUCCUCUUCCUGCUGCCAUGGCUUGCUGGCGCUGUUCCUAAACCCCCGGCGCCAUCGGUCGCACCGCGACAGGUAACUUCUUCCUACUGGUUCGCGCAGAUUCAACGACAAGGAACAGUCGCGUUUGGCUCAAAUCCCAGCUACAAGAUCUUCCGCAAUGUCAUGGAUUAUGGUGCUGUUGGGGAUGGCAUAACCGAUGAUACUGUCGCCAUCAACAACGCCAUUUCUGAUGGGGCUCGGUGUGGAGUCGGUUGUGACAGUUCGACUACCCUCCCAGCAAUCAUCUAUUUCCCGCCAGGCAAAUACGCUGUCUCGGCUCCCAUCAUUCAGUAUUACUACACUCAAUUUGUCGGCGACGCUACCAAUGUCCCAACUAUCCUGGCCAUGCCAAGUUUUGAGGGGAUAGCCGUUCUCGAUACCGAUCCAUAUAUCCCUGGAGCCAACGGGGCCCAGUGGUACACCAAUCAAAAUAACUUCUACCGCCAGAUGCGUAACUUGAUCGUCGACAUUACCCAAAUGCCUGAAGACAAAGGUGCAGGAAUCCACUGGCAAGUGGCACAAGCUACCAGUCUGCAGAAUAUUGUGUUCAACAUGCGGCCCAAAAGCCCGACCAACAGACAGCAGGGCAUCUUUAUGGAUAAUGGCUCUGGGGGCCUCAUGUGUGACCUGACGUUCAAUGGAGGCAACUACGGGGCAUUCUUGGGCAACCAACAAUUCACCACCAGAAACCUGACCUUCAAUGGGUGCAACACGGCUAUUUUUAUGAAUUGGAAUUGGUUGUGGACCUUUAAAUCUCUCCAUAUCGAUCAAUGUGAUAUCGGCAUCGACAUGUCUAACUUGGCAAAUUCCGCAAACCAAACGGUGGGGUCAGUCAUUGUGCUUGACAGCGCAAUGACGAACACUCGUGUUGGGAUCCGGACUUCUUACAAUCAAACAAGCCAACCCACAACGGGAGGGACAUUGGGCCUGCAGAAUGUGGAUUUCACCAGCACUCAGAUUGGCGUCGUUGGUGCCAACGGGGUUGAUCAGAUUCUCGGAGGCGGCAUGAUGGUCGAAUCUUGGGGACAAGGUGAUAUCUACCAUCCAGCAGGGCCAGCACGGCGUUUGAAACGGGCACCUCAGGCUGAGCCACCUUCGUCAUCUCAACAAUCCUCCGUCCCUACCGCCGCAACCACCAUCACGGUUUCUCCGGUGCCGGCCAUCUCUGAUUCUCCCUUGACAACGGAAACAGUCACAGUCUCCCCGAUUCCGUCACUAAACGCCGGCACUCGGUCUCCUGGGUUUUCCGACACCACAUCAGAGCGCAACCCUACAUCUACGGCGGCGUCCACUGCUUCGACUCCUGGCCUAUGUUCAGCAUCCCCCAUCGCCCUACAGUCGGCUCGCGUUCAGCAAGUGUUGACGGCACCAACUAUGCCUGCAUCACUCAUGAACGGCAAUGCUGUAUUCGAGCGAUCCAAGCCACAAUACGAGAAUAUCCCUGUCUCGUCAUUUGUCAGUGUCAAGUCAGCCGGGGCCCGAGGAGAUGGUGUCACGGAUGAUACCGCCUCCAUUCAAAGUAUCUUCGACAAUGCCACCACAGAUCAGAUCGUUUACUUUGACCACGGCGCCUAUGUGGUGACAGAUACGGUGAAAGUCCCCAAGAAUAUCAAAAUCACCGGAGAGAUCUGGCCUUUGAUCAUGGCCCAGGGUAAUGCGUUCACCGAUCUGGCCAAUCCGAAGCCGGUCUUCCAGGUCGGAGUUCCCGGUGAUAGUGGCUCGGUGGAAAUUACCGACCUCAUCUUCGAGACCAUGGGGCCUCUUCCCGGUGCCAUUAUGAUGGAAUGGAAUGUUGCCGAGACAUCUCAAGGUUCUUGCGGCAUGUGGGAUGUUCAUUUCCGCAUCGGUGGAACCGCCGGAACUCAGCUACAACAAGACACGUGCCAGGCCAACGUAACCGGGUCUUUUGAAUUCAAGCCUCAAUGCGCAGGUUCCUUUUUGAUGAUGCACAUUACCCAGCAAGCCUCCGUAUAUCUGGAGAAUUGUUGGUUUUGGGUCGCUGACCACGAACUUGACCUCCCUCCGCACAAUCAAAUCAAUAUCUACAAUGGUCGUGGUUUGUUGGUUGAGAGUCAAGGACCAGUCUGGCUGUGGGGAACCUCAUCGGAACACAGCCAACUCUACAACUACCAGUUCUCCAAUGCAAAGGACGUGUUUAUGGGAGCCAUUCAAACCGAAACUGCUUACAUGCAGGCCACCCCGAAUGCACUGAGUGGAGGAUUCCCACCCAAUCCGGCUUUCUCAGAUCCCGACUUUGCGGACUGCACGACUGACUCAUGCAAGAAGACGUGGGGAUUGCGCAUUCUUGACUCAAGCGAAAUCUACAUGUACGGUGGGGGACUUUACAGCUUCUUUGACAACUACAUUCAGACUUGUCUGGACACGGAAUCUUGUCAGGAGAACAUGGUUGAUAUCCAGUGCUCAUCGAACGUGAGCCUAUUUGGCCUCACAACCAAAGCAUCAACAAACAUGGUCAACGUCGAUGGCACCCCACAGGCUUUUCAGCAAGAUCAUACCAAUCUGUUCGGCCAAACACUACUCUCGUUCCAAACUUGA